AGAGAAAGAGGGAGGGUGAGAGAGAGAGCGCGACUAAGUGGGGAGAGGAAAACAAGGGACAUCAACAUCUAUACUACUCUCAUGUUGUUGGAUAUUAUUUGACGAAGCCUUUUUCCCCCUUAUCACCCCCCACCCUUUACCCCCCCCUCCCUCCACCCCCAAACAUACACUUCUUUUCAACUUUCUCUAUUAUUGGAUUUCUUUGAGUUUUGAGACUUUACGUAGGACUACACAUCCAAUGCUGUCCGUUAUAUUAUAGGCAUUUCUCCAAAAUCCAUUUCAAUUAUCAUUUUUCGCGGAAUAUUUUUGUUCAGGUCAAGAAGAAAAUCAACUCCGUGCGAUGCCUAUUAUCCUCAAAUAAACGGACAUCAUCAAAGCAAGGUAUUUUUCGCGCAAUCUGAGCGCUGUCCAACUUUGUUUAUCUCAAAGAUAGAGGCUGGGAUAAGAGAUUUAUUAAAGGGCCCAUUGCAUCUGGCAAGAUUAUUGAAUCGAACACUUAUUUGACCAUGGACAUUUCUUUGAGGACAUCAUUUUCACUUUUGAUUUCUUCAUGGACAUUUGGAAGCGCAAUAGUUUAUUGUUGAUGUCAAGUUAUAUUUGAUAUGUCGAAUGUCACUAUUAUUCUCUAGCACGUUCUUAAUUCAUACUUAGAUAAACUAUCAUUCGGUGUUCGAAUGAGGUAAAUAACAGUUGGUGUAGCAGUGUGUAUCCAGCCGUCCACCUUUUUAAUCGUCACGUCACUGUGUUGUGAACCCGCUGACGGCCAGUCAAUCGUUUGUGGAUUAAUCGGAUAAAUUCCGCGUUCAUUCCACCGUGGGAAUCAACGGCGUACCAAUGUCUAGGCCGCUCACACAGCUCCUACCGCCUGACCUCCCGGCCGGAGCGAGCCCACAGUUCAGUACGGGUAACCUCGCGGGCAGUGUCCCGACCGGCGGACACUUGAACUCCAUGGCCAGCCUCAAGACUCUCCUACAACUGCCCAUCAAGGCUGACCAGCGAGCGAAAGACUGCUGUGCAAUGAAAGACAAAGACAAGCCCCAGGACUCGGACACCAUGGUUGGGGGCCCAGGCGGUCGGCCUUCCCAGUCGGCUUUCCUGGGGCCCCAUCUGUGGGAGCGCACGCUACCCUGCAGCGACGGUGGCCUCUUCCAGCUGCAGUACAUGGACCUGGAAGAGUUCCUGACUGAGAACGGCAUGGCCAUGCACAGCAAAGGUGGCAACGGCUCCAGCGCCAGCGCCCAGGUGCCCUCGCAGAGCUCCCUGCAGUCGGCCGUGCCCAACCAGAGCUCCCAGUGCCCGCCGUCCUCCCCUCCGCUAUGUUCUUCUUCAUCAUCCUCCAUGUCCUCCUCAUCUUCUUCCUCCUCGCUGCUGGGCCUGGACAACGGGCCGCCACCACCAAACGGACUGCCAGGCAUGAUGGGAGGGCCCGAGUGCCUACGUGGUGGCCAGGUCAUGCCUCCAGACCUCUCGCCCUCCUCCACCACCACCUCCUCCUCCUGCCUCCCCGGGCCGCCAGGAGGCUCACUGGUCGCCAACGGCACCGCUGACGUCAUGGUGAACUUUGACCCGGACCCGGCGGAUGUGGCGCUGUCCAGCGUGCCGGGCCAGGAGGCCUUCGACCCCCGGAGGCACCGCUUCUCGGACGAGGAGCUCAAGCCACAGCCCAUGAUCAAGAAAGCCCGCAAGAUGCUGGUCCCAGAUGAGCAGAAGGAUGACAAGUACUGGAGCCGGCGCUACAAGAACAACGAGGCGGCCAAGCGCUCACGUGACGCCCGGCGCCUCAAGGAGAACCAGAUCACGGUGCGCGCCGCCUUCCUGGAGCGAGAGAACGCUGCUCUCAGACAGGAAAUGGCCGAUAUGCACAAGGAGCUGGGCCGCUGCCGCAACAUCCUCAACAAGUUCGAGAGCCGACACGGAGACUUGUGAGGAAGAAGAAGGGAGGAGGAGGGAGAGGGUUAGAAGGCAGCCACAACAUUGGCAGCACUUUAGUUGAGGGGGUGCGCGUACGGCCUACGUAAACGUGACGUAAGCAUUGUAUGACACCUGGCGUAAGCAUCCGUGUUGUGAGUAACCCGGAGUGUUGUAGUGAGUGCAGCCUUCAUUUUGUGUAUCUGUGCUAUGCUGGUUUCACUUCCCGUGUCUCUUUGACAGGUUGCGUCGUGACGUCAUUCAGUGUUUAUAUCAGGUGCGUUGCAGUGUUUUUUUUUCUUCCUUCGGGGUAAUGCUCAGGCCAUACGCGCACCCAUUCAGAUGGGUGUGUUCAAAUCAUACAGAUCACAGACAACUAAUGUUUUUAAGCUAAAGGCAAGGAGACAAGCCAGGGGAGGACAGAUGUGUACGUUUUUUUUCUAUGACUAAACAUGUGUAUCUUAACUGUACUGAGCAGGGAGGGAGGCAUGGGCCAACUAGAAAACAGAGGAUGAGCUAUAAUCUAGAGGAGGAUGAGGAGAGGCAGAAGAGAGGAAAGCAAAGAGAUUUCAACAUAGGAAAACUGUAUAUUUUUAUAUUUGCAAAGACAGCUCAGAGGAGAUUUUGGAAAUAAUCUUUUGUAUAUUUUAUAUAUGGGUGAGUUUAGUAGAGAGAUGGGGGGGGGGGGGGGGGGUUAUAUGAAGAUGUUUUAACAACAGGGUAGAUUGAUAAAUUAUAUAUUUUGAAUUUAGAAGCUGUUCACAACCAUCCCGGUUGAGGGACAUUGAUCCCGAAGAGGUUUUUAAGAUUGACCCUUCUGAGGUCGUAAUAGAGAAUGUAUAAUGGUUGUAUCCAGGGAUAACAUGGCGGCGAGAGAGGAGAUGCAUCUUAGUAAAUGAUUGUGGACAUGAACAGGUCGAAGGUUAAAUAAACAUUGUAUAGUUUAAAUAGUGUUCUUGUGGGUUUGUUCAAGCACUUAAAGGAAGUUGUUUUUGUUUUUUUUCACUCCCAGCACCACCUUGACAUUAACAUAUGUGAAAAUGGCGUGUUUCUAUGUUUUGUAGUAAAAUAAAUAGAAGGUAAGUGUUUCCAAUUAGACCAGUUAGUAGGAAAUUAGCAGGCAAUGCCUGCUCAUAAUUGGUUAAAAAUCACACGAUGCACACCGAAGAUGUCAUUGGAGGAGACACUUAUCUUAGAAACACGCAAUUUUCACAUAUGUUGAUUUUGGGGUGGUGCCGGAGAGGAUGAAUAUCAAAAGUGGCGGAGUUGUUAUCUUCUCUUUGAUUCCUUUCUUGAAUUAAAUCUAUUUAAUUGUGUGUCUGGCAGUGAGGGGGGGAAAGAGAGAGAGAAUUUAUUGAAACGCUGCAGUCAGUGAUCCAUCAUGAGAACAGCUGCAUACGCACUGAUGUUUGUGAAUAAAUAUUGGUCAAAUGUGUUGCCAGGUAUUCAUGUCGAUGGGUGAAUAUGUUUGGCUCUGGCGCAAACACAGACAGACACACACCACAAACAAACAUGACUAGACAAACGGUGCAAUAACCUGGACCAGUGACUAGGUAUGCAUUUUCACAUUACACACACACACACAUGCACGCCUGCAAGUACGUGCGCGCACACACACACACUCUUAUUUCAAAUCAAGUAUAAAGCCCUUCUUACAUCAGCUGAUGUCUCGAAGUGCUGUACAGAAACCCAGCCUAAAACCCCCAAAAGCAAGCAAUGCAGGUGUAGAAGCACGGUGGCUAGGAGAAACUCCCUAGAAAGGCCAGAACCUAGGAAGAAACCUAGAGAGGAACCAGGCUAUGAGGGGUGGCCAGUCCUCUAUUUGAUCCUGAAAGCAAGCUGGACCUCGAAACACGGCUGGUGUACGAUAGCGCACAACCAGUCAAGGCAAAUAAAACUUCACCACUUUCCACAGCAUAUGCUGGGAAUUUCUCUCUCUCUCUCUCUCUCUCCCUCAUCCUUGAUCCAUUGUGAAGUGUGAAACUGGUUGAGAAUGGAUUGCCCAGGUUAAGUUGGCAGUGUUCAGCAUGAACCGGAGCAUGCUGCCACUUAACACACCCCGAGUUUGAUUAUAAUGAUGAUUAUUACUGUGGACUAUAUAUGGUGCUCAACCUGUUCCUCCAUCUGAACAUACACAACCCAACACAGUAACUGAACUGCCUAUAGCCUUUUAUUUAUUUGUAUUUGUUCUUUAUUCUGUGUGUCGUAUUGUAAGAGGAAGUCCCGUAUAGAGUGACACACAAGAGUAUGUUUAUACCUCUCCUAAACAACUUAACCCAGUGAGACGAUUCUCCCUUAUGCACCAUAAACAACUUAACCCAGUGAAACAAUGCACCCUUAUGCACCAUAAACAACUUAACCCAGUGAAACAAUGCACCCUUAUGCACCAUAAACAACUUAACCCAGUGAAACAAUGCACCCUUAUGCACCAUAAACAACUUAACCCAGUGAAACAAUGCACCCUUAUGCACCAUAAACAACUUAACCCAGUGAAACAAUGCACCCUUAUGCACCAUAAACAACUUAACCCAGUGAGACAAUGCACCCUUAUGCACCAUAAACAACUUAACCCAGUGAAACAAUGCACCCUUAUGCACCAUAAACAACUUAACCCAGUGAAACAAUGCACCCUUAUGCACCAUACACAUGUACAAUAAAAUACUACAGCUAUUCUCUCACUAGAUAUGUGUGUGUGUGUAUAUAAUAUAUCCUUGAUCAUAUAAUAUGAUAUAUCCGUGACUAUAGAUGUAAUAAUACACAUAGCUUGAAUAUAUAAAUGCAGUAUAAGAUGAUUGGAAUCAUUGUCAAUUUCUCAGGCGUUCUGGGGGACAAAAAAAACAAACUCUUACGAUAAAUCUUAACUUUGAUGACAGAAGUUGUGAUUCUUACUUUAUUUUUCUUUGGCAGUACAAUUAUGUAGAGUUCGAUGGAAAUCUACUGCGUAUGACCAACUCACCUUGGGAGGGAUGUUCUAGUUCAACCAGUUCUGGAUUUGAAGGUCUUUGCUGAUUUCAGACAUAGCAUUCAAUGUUAUUUUUAAAAUUAUUCUUAUUAUUACAGUUCUGAUUGCUAGUAUUAUCGUCGUUGUUGUUAUUAUUACUCUUAUAUUUAUUUUCCUUGCUACAACUUUUAAGGGAGAAUGCAGUUCUCAUUUAUUCUCCCUUGUAUUUUUCAAGACCAUCUUUACUCUACUUUAUUUUCUAUGAGCCUGUUCACUAUCGGCACCAUCCAAUGAGACUGUACAAAGCUCCAGGUGCACUGUGGGGACUGUAGGCUUGUCCGUGUGUUUUUUGUAUUUGAACAAAAGCUGAAACAACCACAAACUAUGGACUUAAAACCCUGGAAGAAUUUGAACUACAUCUCCCAGCAGCAGGCUUCUAACACAGUCCAUCUUUUGAUGGACAAAGAAGCAACUUUUUGAUACCUGGAACUAGUUUGCAGAAACAUAAACUUUUGACAGUGAUAUUUUUCUAUGUGUCUGUAUAUGCAUACUGCAACUUUUUGUGGGCAUUUGUAGCCCAUCCUCACAGUGAUGGUAUGCUACUAAACGGUGUUGCGGGUAAUGUGCACAGGAUAUUUUCCCUUCCCCAUGUGGAUUACAAACUACUCCCGGUUGUGACUGUUAUAAAUAAACUACAAGUCACAUGAGCACACCACUACCCAUUUGCCCCAGUAAUGUCUACUUAUCCUGCCUAUAAGGAUGCUGAGGAAUGUGAUCUGGCUUUUCCUGAAAACACCAAUAAAGACUCACCCUUACUCAUUGA